GGAUUUAGGAAGCCCUAAAACCCUUUAAUCUCCAUCGCCGCUCGUUCUCUCUCUCUUUCAGAUUCCUCCCAAGCUAGCUUCUUUGGUUAUCUUCUUAUUCCAGUCGUGCUUUCGCAUUCAGAUAAUUGGAAGCCAAAAAUGUAUAAUCGCAAACCAAAGGAGACGAAAAAGGAAGUCAUGGAGGCUACUGAUCCUGACCUGCGCUUUAGGACGAUUAUGAAAGAUGUUGAGCGCUUUGGGUCAUCGCAUAUGACAUGGAAGGAUAAGAAAGCACUGGAGAAUAAGAGAGUGAUUGAACUUGGUGGAAAGCCUCAAAAGAAGCAGAGGCUACCGCUGAGUGUAGCGCGAGUACAGAUGAAGAAACAGAAAGAAAAAGAUGAGAAGAUGUUGGAACAGAAUAUGAUUCUUGGCAGAUUUGGAGGACAGCUUGGUGGUGGAAGUACAAAGAAACCCGUAGAGAAGAAGCGUAAGCCAGAGGAUAGAGUUCUGAAAUCAACUGUAGGGAAUUUCAAGGGUGGUGUUCUUGAUGUUAGGCAUUUGCUACAUUCUGGUUCUUCAAGAACCAAUGACAGAGAUAACAAGACGAGCAGCUACGGUAAGAUAAACCUAGGAGGAGGAGGAGAAGGAGGCAUAAAGAAAAAAGGGAAGAAGAAAGGAAAGAAGAAAGGAAAGAAAGGAGGCGGUAAGAAGAAACGCAAGUAAUUGCGUUAAGAUGUACGAAUAUUGUCAAACAUGGAAUGAUCUGUUUACAGUAGCCUCUCUUGGGAUGAAUGUAGUUUGCCUCUAUUUUUGCUGUAUUUUAAAAUUAAUAGGAGUUUUUGUAGAAAGAACAAAUCUAGUUCCUGGAAACGGUCUCAAACUCUCCCCAAAAGGGAAAGCUUUUUACAUGGGAAAGAAAAAAC